UGAUUGAAUACGUACAUAUGCAGAGUGCAAAAUCUUAUAUUCGUACAAGGUUAUAUUUCCCAAGUGACAUUUGACAGCUACUGUUAUUUUACAUCGGCGAAAAUUUAUUUUUUCACCUUGUUUGUCACUUAUAUCAUUUAUAGUCCAAAUGGAAACUAAACCAGAAGGAGAACAUAUGCUGGCAUUGAAAGUAAUGAGAUUGACACGACCUACACUUGCAAAUCCAGUAGUUGUUACUUGUGAUUCAACAGACCUCCCUGGCAAUACAUUAAAUAAUGAACUUAAAAAUGAUUGUACUGCUUUGCAAGGAAUGGAAACUCUUGCAGUAGGUCAAUUUAUGGUAUUACCACAAAGUUUCGGGAACAUUUAUUUAGGUGAAAUAUUUUCAAUCUAUCUUUGUGUGCAUAAUGGCAGUAGUCAAUUAGUCAAAGAUAUUACUGUCAAAGCAGAUUUACAAACAAGUACUCAAAUUAUUUCUCUUUCUGGUAAUAGUGGAAGGAUGAAGGAUAUAGCACCUGACAGUACAAUUGAUGAAGUAAUACAUCAUGAAGUAAAAGAAAUAGGCACUCAUAUAUUAAUAUGUGAUAUAACUUAUACACCUACAUAUUCAGGUGCCACUCUACAAUCAUUUAGGAAAUAUUAUAGGCUUCAAGUGGUAAAGCCAUUAGAUGUGAAAACAAAGUUUUAUAAUGCAGAGUCAGACGAAGUGUACCUUGAAGCACAAAUACAGAAUCUUACAGCAGGUCCAAUAUGUUUAGAAAAAGUUUCACUCGAGUCAUCUAAUUUAUUUAGCGUAUCAACGCUAAAUACAAAUGAAAAGGGAGACUCUAUUUAUGGAUCGGUAAAUGUGUUAGAUACUGAUUGUAGCAGACAGUAUUUAUAUUGUUUAAAACCACAAUUGACAUUAUUAAAAGAUCCGAAAAUGAUGCACAAUGCAACAAACAUCGGAAAAUUAGAUAUUGUUUGGAGAAGUAAUUUAGGAGAAAGAGGAAGGUUACAAACAAGUCAGUUACAAAGAAUGGCACCCGAAUAUGGUGAUUUAAGAGUUACUAUAAAGGAUAUUCCUCUAGAAGUAUAUCUUGAACAAACUGUUAAUUUUAAAUGUCAUAUAAUAAAUACAUCAGAAAGAAGUAUGGAUUUGAUGUUAAGUUUGGAAUCAAGUAGCUCUAUAGCAUGGUGUGGAAUAUCAAAUAUAAAGAUAGGAACAUUAAAAUCUGGAACAUCAAUAGAUAUUCCUUUAUGUCUGGUUCCACUACAUAGUGGUAUUAUUACCAUUUCUGGAUUAAAGUUGGAGGAUAUAUUCUUGAAGAGGACAUACGAUUAUGAUGAUUUAGCACAAAUAUUUGUCAAUCAAAUAGACUAGUCAAGAAUUCAAUAAAUUAAUAAAAAUAUGUUUAUUAACUUGCUGUAUUUAUUUAACAAAUUUACCUGAUAUAGC